AGCCGGCGCGGUAGGCCGGGCUGUGUUAACCGUCUUUCCCGGGAGGUAUACGGACUGGUAGGGCCCAGAGGGGGCCUCUGAGGACCACUGAGCUCGCUUUGAAGAUGUAGCAGCUGGAGAAGGCUUCCGGCCAAGCCUCCAGGGCCAGGAAACCGCUCUUCCUCUGCCAGCCCCCGCCCUCCCUACUCGGGCGCACACCUCGCUCCCUGACGCAUUUUGCCGCACAAGCUGUAAUAUGGCGGCAGCGACGGCGGCCUGAACUCUUAGGGAGCUAUGUUGAUUUUUAAGACUUCAAAAUCCUAAGACUGAGCACUACUGCCGGAGACAGGGUCUCACUGAGUUGCUUAGCCUCUCGCUGUUGUUGAUGCUGGCUUUUUGAACUUGUGAUCCUCCUCCCUCCGCCUCCUGAGCCACUGGGAUUACAGGAGCAAAGAAUUGAAUCAAUUGCCCUUGUUGGUGUUCUUUUUUCAAUUUAAAGUCUGCAUUGGAACAAUGGGAAUAAAAGUUCAGCGUCCUCGUUGUUUUUUUGACAUCGCCAUUAACAAUCAACCUGCUGGAAGAGUUGUUUUUGAAUUAUUUUCUGAUGUGUGUCCCAAAACAUGUGAGAACUUUCGGUGUCUUUGUACAGGUGAAAAGGGGACAGGGAAAUCAACUCAGAAGCCAUUGCAUUAUAAGAGUUGUCUCUUCCACAGAGUUGUCAAGGAUUUUAUGGUUCAGGGUGGUGACUUCAGUGAAGGAAAUGGACGAGGAGGGGAAUCUAUUUAUGGAGGAUUUUUUGAAGAUGAAAGUUUUGCUGUUAAACACAACAAAGAAUUUCUCUUAUCAAUGGCCAACAGAGGGAAAGAUACAAAUGGUUCACAAUUCUUCAUAACAACAAAACCAACUCCUCAUCUAGAUGGGCAUCAUGUUGUUUUUGGGCAAGUGAUUUCUGGCCAAGAAGUUGUAAGAGAGAUAGAAAACCAGAAAACAGAUGCAGCUAGCAAACCAUUUGCUGAAGUACGGAUACUCAGUUGUGGAGAGCUAAUUCCCAAAUCCAAAGUUAAGAAAGAAGAAAAGAAAAGGCAUAAGUCAUCGUCUUCUUCCUCAUCGUCAUCCAGUGAUUCAGAUAGCUCAAGUGAUUCUCAGUCCUCUUCUGAUUCUUCUGACUCUGAAAGUGCUUCUGAAGAGAAGUCAAAAAAAAGAAAAAAGAAGCAUAGGAAAAAUUCCCGAAAACACAAGAAAGAAAAGAAGAAGCGAAAGAAAAGCAAAAAAAGCCCAUCUAGUGAAAGUGAAGCAGAAAAUCUUGAUGCACAACCCCAGUCUACUGUCCGUCCAGAAGAGAUCCCUCCUAUACCAGAAAAUAGAUUCCUAAUGAGAAAAAGUCCUCCUAAAGCUGAUGACAAAGAAAGGAAAAACAGAGAGAGAGAAAGAGAGAGUAAUCUACCUAACUCCCAGCCUGCUUCAUACCAGAGACGUCUCUUAGUUACUAGGUCUGGCAGGAAAAUUAAAGGAAGAGGACCAAGGCGUUACCGAACUCCUUCCAGAUCCAGAUCAAGGGAUCGGUUCAGACGUAGUGAGACUCCUCCACAUUGGAGGCAAGAGAUGCAAAGAGCUCAAAGAAUGAGGGUAUCAAGUGGUGAAAGAUGGAUCAAAGGGGAUAAGAGUGAGUUAAAUGAAGUAAAAGAAAACCAAAGGAGUCCUGUUAGAGUAAAAGAGAGAAAAAUAACUGAUCACAGGCAUGUGUCUGAGAGUCCAAACAGAAAAAAUGAAAAGGAAAAGAAAGUUAAAGACCAUAAAUCUAACAGCAAAGAGAGAGACAUCAGAAGAAAUUCAGAAAAAGAUGAUAAAUAUAAUAAAAACAAAGUGAAGAAAAGGGGCAAAUCUAAAAGUAGGAGUAAGAGCAAAGAGAAAUCUAAAAGUAAGGAAAGAGAUCCAAAACAUAACAGACAUGAAGAAAAGAGGAUGAGGUCAAGGAGUAAAGAAAGGGAUCAUGAAAAUGUUAAAGAAAAAGAAAAACAGUCUGAUUCUAAAGGAAAAGAUCAGGAAAGGAGUAGGAGCAAAGAAAAGUCUAAACAGUUAGAAUCAAAAAAUAAUGAGCAUGAUCAUAGUAAAAGUAAAGAAAAGGAUAGACGUGCCCAGUCCAGGAGCAGAGAACGUGAUAUAACUAAAGCUAAACACAGUUACAAUAGUAGAACAAGGGAACGAAGCAGAAGUAGGGACAGGAGCAGAAGAGUGCGAUCUCGAAGCCAUGACAGAGAUCGAAGCAGAAGCAAAGAGUACCAUAGAUACAGAGAGCAAGAGUAUCGGAGAAGAGGAAGGUCACGAAGCCGAGAGAGAAGAGCAACACCAGGAAGAUCCAGAAGUAAAGAUAGGAGGAGGAGGAGAAGGGAUUCACGGAGCUCAGAGAGAGAAGAAAGCCAAAACAGAAACAAAGACAAAUACAGAAACCAAGAAAGUAAGAGUUCACACAGAAAAGAAAAUUCUGAGGGUGAGAAAAGAAUGUACUCUAAAAAUCGUGAUCAUAAUAGCUCAAAUAAUAACAGGGAAAAAAAGUCUGAUAGAGAUCAAAGUCCAUUCUCAAAAAUAAAACAAAGCAGUCAGGACAGUGAAUUAAAGUCCUCCACAUUGAAAAAUAAGGAGGAUGAGAAGACCAGGUCCUCAGUGGAAAAAGAAAACCAAAAAUCAAAGGGUCAAGAAAAUGACCAUGUACAUGACAAAAAUAAAAAAUUUGAUCAUGAAUCAAGUCCUGGAACAGAUGAAGACAAAAGUGGAUGAGUGAGUUGUGUAAACAUUAUUUCCUUUCUGUCUCAAAAUUUAAGUUUUAGAGACUUGCUGAUGAAUCUCUUUUAUGUUGUUUUCAUUAUUUUUGAGUUGUUUUAUGUUUGCCCCCCACCCUUUUUUUUUUUUUUUUUAAUGUGGACUUCAUUGAGUUGAUCUUUUGAUAAUCUGCAACCUGGAUAAUUUGUACUGCUAAAGUUUUAAUAAACUUGAAAUGAGAAAAACACUUUGGUGUAAUACUGUGUGCUAUGUUAAACUGUUUUAUGUAUGCAUUUUUGUUUUAGCAGUCAGCCAGUGACAAUUUGUUUAAUCAGCCCUUUGGAAACAAGUAUUUAACUGAUGGUUGUAAUACAUUGUUCCAAAAGCUUGCAUUUCUCAUGAUCAAAGUAACUUUAAAAGCCACUAGAAGAAAUUUUGUAUAGAUUUUCUGAUUGCAUUUAUAAUAAAGACUUGCAGCAAUUUCUCUUAAUUACACAGAAGUGGGAUCCUAGUAAUUUGAGAUUUGAAAUCAUAACUUUGUGCUUUAAAACAAAUAUUUAUAGUUAUUUAUCUUGUACUUCAUACACUAUUCUUUAUAGUUCUAGCCAUAACUUGUUUCUUAUUAACGCUUUUCUUGUCUAGUUUUGUUCUACUUAACUGUCUAUAAAAAUCAUGAGUGUUGUUUGUUUUGGUUUUUUUGAUGUCCCGAUUGAACUUGAGUUGCUGUUAUACAGCAAUUGAUAGGAAUGAUAUCUUGGAAGAUGAGACUGUAAUUCCCUAUGUUGUGUUUUUUGGUCUGAAGAGUUGAAAAUGUUGCUUUUUGAGAACAUUAUUUUAUUUUUAUUAUUGCCUCUUUCUAAAAUUAUCACUAAAACAUGCAGGUCCUUAAGCUAUAAAGAUUCUAAAAAUUGUUAGUAUUGAUACAUUAACUUCUAAGAUUUCUCUUUUUGGCAACCAACCUACAUAGCUUUGAGUGUUAACUCUGCAUGACUUUUGUUUUUAUAAACUUAACUAACUUCUCUAACUCUUAUAGCUGAGUUUCAAAUGGCAAGAAAAUGCAUUUUUUCUAUAUAUGUACCAUGAUAGGCUGUGGCAUGUUUAUGACUCUGGUUUCUUUCUAUUUGGGUGGCUUUAUACUAUUACCGUUAAAAUUAUUUUAACUUGGCAUGUAUAACAUUGCCAUGUAGUGUAGAACAGAAAGUUGCAAAAUUUGAUAGCUUACAGAAUUAAACACUAAACAGGUCCAAAGUCCAUUCAGUUUUGUGUGUUGUAUUUUGCUAUUUUUGUGAUGUGUGGCCUUUUAUUCUGUAAUAUCUCUUAUUAAUAAAACAUUGAACAUCCAGCAAACACAAAACCUGCCUCAUUUGAAAAGAAAUUUCAAAAUUCCAAUUAAUAGUAGCCUCUAGAGAGUUUUGUACUUUAAUAUUUGUCAAUAUAGUGUCAACUCUUAUCAAGGUAGCUUCUUGGUAAAUCCAAUGUUAUUUGUACUAAAUAAAGCAAUGCUUAAUAUGAUAUUUCCCAUAAUUGAUUAAUACAGUAAUGAUACAUUUGGCAUUAUAGCUGUUGCAGACUGAAUAGUAUAAUGAUUAUAAGAUUGUUUGGAAUAUUUUGGAACAAAUAUCCAUAAUGCAUUCUUUCUACUUUUUUUCCUGUGAUGGUAAAAGUAGGAUUUAUUAUAAUCCAGGAUGAUUCCUUAGAGACUGACCACAAACCCUCAUUAAAUAUAAUUGAGUCUGAGUGCCCCAGCUGUAUAAUCUACUAUAUAUUUUAAACAAAUUGUUGUUUUGUCUUAAAUUCAAUAAAUUGCAUUUUAAAAUCUGUCAUGAACUAUUUGAGCUUCAAGAAAGAUACUAUUUAAGAAAGGAUUUCUAAUAAGUUAUAUAUAUAUUUUUAAAGUCCAUCUAAGUAAAAAUACUUCUAUUACCUGAUUCUAGAGCUUUAUCUAGUAAGAAUUAUAGACAAGAACUUUCCAAAUCUUUGAGUUUCAAAAAGUAGCCAUAUGGGGAAAAUUUGUCAUUUCUAUAAGCAGUAUGUUUAGAUUAUCAAAAGAACAGUUCCAUGGUAAGCAUUAUUUAUGGACCUUUUUAAAAAGCUGUUUUUACAGAAAGAUGUGAAGGAGUUGAGAUUUAGAAAGGACAAUCAACUAGAUUUUAUUUUCAGAAUAUAAAGAACAGUUAGAAAAUGAAUAGGAGUAUCAGUUGAACCCAAGACCCAUACUUGUAUUUGAAUAGCACAGGCUCAAGUGGUCCUGUCCUUUUGUUACAUUUUAGUAGUUGCAUUUUUAGUUUUUACUUUGGGCAUUGUCUGUUUUCCAAAAAUUCAACUAUUUUAUUUUUUCCAUCAAAUUUAUUUUAAUUAUCAGUUUACAAUCCAUUUCCAACUACCUUUGACUUAAUAUACCUUUUAAAGACAUUUUCAUUUGUUUUUAUUGCUUGAUUGGUGAUAGCUGAGAAAAAAUUUCCUGUAUGUAGAAUUUUCACAAUCAUUGUGUGAAUUCUUUCUCUGGGUAAGCUAUCUGCCACAGAAAUUGAGACUACAAAGAGAUUAAUGUUAAUGAAAUUAACAAUUGAGGAGCCAUUGGGUUGAUUUAAAUUACUCUAUAGUUUUUGAGUUCAUAGAGCUAUAUAGUUACUAAAUUGAAGCUUUUGGACACUGCAAAGAAUUUAUCUGAUAAAUCUCUUUGUAUAAGUGUGAUACUGAUGCAUGUUGACUUUGCUUGAAUGGCCUUUGAUUCUUGUGCCCAGUGGAAUGUGUGAAACUAAAAGUUGUUGUUGUUUUUUGUUUGUUUUUUUUAAUGUUAUGUUAUAGACAGGCACACAUUGGGCUUCUGUUAUUUUGCAUAAUUGUAUUAACUGACAAUUCUAAUUUAUUUUCUAGUUAGUAUUUGGAGCAAGUUAGUAGAUUUUUUAGUAGGUUGUACUUUGCUCCAGGUGGUAAUAGUUUUCAUCAUACUGAACUUUUUAUAGUAAAUUUCUAUAAGUUUGUUGAGUUUGCCUUCACCAGAAGGUACUUUAAAUAUAUACUGUAUAACUGACUGGUAUAAAGAAACAAAAUGGGUAUUUUUUUUUUUUUAGUAUUUUUUUUUUUUUUUUGGUUAUUUUCACUGUAAUUAUUCCAUUUAGAAUUCAUCAUACAUUUACAGUUAUAAGUAACUUCUCCACAGUUUGUAGGUUGAUACAUUUUUAUUGUGAAAAAUGUGUUUUGUUCCAAAUACUUAUAACAGCCCCAUGAAGUGCAGCAUAGAUUAGCACACCUGCCCAUAGUAGGCUUCCUGGCUGCCUCUUAAGUGAUACAAACUCUCUGGCCUGUUGUGUAACAAAGAGGUAAAUAUUAAAGGAAAAGAAAAACAACACUUUAAAAAAAAAAAUCCAUGAACAAGGUUGGAGAAGGGAGUUGUUGAGGGUUUUUUGGUUUUGUUUUUAGUUUUUCCAGUGGGGGAGGGUAGGAUGGGGUUGAUUUGUGUCCCUUGCCUCUGCCACUUUUCAGAAAAAAUUCCAUGUUACCAAAAGCACAUGCUGUAUAUUUUCUUCCCUUUUUGUGUGUGUUUAUAGUAUUUUGAAAGAUUAAUAAAUGAAUUGGCUAUUUCUAUGUGAGGAUGUUCAAAGUUGUGGCUGCUCUUUGUGGAAGGGAAAACAAUGAAGUUAAUGCACUUCUUUUCCUAGCUCAGAAGUCACUGUGAUGUAUAUUUUUUUAAUGAAAUUCAGAAAUACAACUGUUGUCUUCUCAAUUGUAAAAUUAGUUUCAAAAUGCUGCUUCUCUUAUCAUUAUUAGUCUAGUAACUGUUGGACUGUUUUCUGCAAAUUGCAUUUUACAAAAUUUAAACUUCAAAACUGUAUUAACUUUUAUAUAGUUAAACAUUGUAUUAAAUAAACUAUACUGUAAUAAACA